AUGGCAACAAUAGUACCCAAGGGCACCCCUCAUUGUGUUAGAUACGACAACAAUGGUACCCAAUCUUUAAGAGCUGGGAUUCAGGAAGUAAAGAAAAAAGAAGGGGUUUCGUUUAUUGCUUUUCAAGAAAUUCAAUGUUCGUCGGUUGAUGAUAAUAUGAUUAAAAAAUUAUGGGGUAUUUCUAGUAUGGAAUGGGAGUUAGUUGAGCCAACGGGAAGGUCGGGUGGUAUGAUUAGUGUUUGGGAUCCAGGAGUAUUCAUGAAAGUCGAUGUCGUCAAAGACAGUAACUUUUUGGCAAUAAAAGGGAAGAUCAAAGGUCAUGUCGAAUUCUAUUGGCUUGUUAAUGUUUAUGCUCCGCAAAAGCUCAAGGAUAAAAAAAGCCUAUGGGAUAAGUUAGCGAUUUUGAGAUGUAGUAACGGGGGGAUGUGGUUGUUCAUGGGUGAUUUUAAUGUUGUUAGGAUCCCUGAAGAUAGGAAUGGGUCUAUCUUUAAUACUAACUGCACGAGAGCUUUUAAUAACUUUAUCUAUGAGUCAGAUUUGCACGAGUAUGAAAUGAAGGGAAACAGAUACACUUUCUUGAAGGAGAGUAAUGGGAGAAGGAAAUUUAGCAAGAUUGAUCGAUUUUUGGUGGGUAAUGAAGUUCUGAAUUGCUGGCCUAAUGCGUGUCUUAGGGCACUUCCGAGGCUAUUGUCGGAUCAUAAUCCAAUUAUGCUUACAAUUAAAGAAAUCAAUUACGGUCCUAAGCCGUUUCAACUGAAAGUUUGGAGAGACAAAAAUCGUGAUAAUGAAGCCGAAGAAAAGGAAAGAUGUAUAGAGGAAUUGGCAGAGCUCGAUGAACUAAUGGAAGUAAAGGAGCUAGAAGAGGAGGAAAGUUGGACCAGAACCGAAUGUCUAAGAAGAAUCGACGAGAUAAAUGAGUCGAACGCCAAGGAUCUUAAAUAG